UGAACAGUGUAGAGACAAUGAUGGCGAACGUUUUGUAAAGUGACGCAAGCUAACGUUUUACGGCAUGCGUUUAUCUAUUUUUUCGAUACUAGCAGUUGUCGAUCAAUUAUUACCAUUAUCAUCAAACACAUGACCAGUUAGGGGAGUUGUCACACAUAUAUAAUAAGAAAUGGCCCGCGAGUUUGAUCAUCUUUUUAAACUGCUGAUUAUCGGUGACAGUGGUGUAGGAAAAAGCUGUCUCCUUCUCCGUUUUGCGGACAACACUUUCUCCGGUAGUUAUAUUACAACGAUCGGUGUGGAUUUCAAAAUAAGAACUUUAGAGAUAAAUGGUGAAAGAGUUAAACUUCAGAUAUGGGAUACAGCCGGGCAAGAGAGGUUUAGAACGAUCACGAGCACGUACUAUAGAGGGACUCACGGUGUCAUCGUGGUAUACGAUGUCACUAAUGGGGAGUCGUUUGCUAAUGUGAAGAGGUGGUUGCACGAGAUCGAACAAAAUUGUGAUGUCGUCAACAAAGUACUAGUUGGUAAUAAAAACGAUUGUCCAUCAAGAAAAGUAGUUGUGACGGAGGAUGCUCAAAGAUUUGCAAAUCAAAUGAACAUACCAUUGUUUGAGACGAGUGCUAAAGAAAACAUCAAUGUAGAGGAAAUGUUUCUAACUAUUACAAAAAUGGUUCUAAGGUCUAAGUUGGAAAUGAAGGAGAGACAAAAUGUAACAGCAAACGACACAGUAAACUUAAAGAAGAGCCACAAAGGGAAGAAAAAAUGUUGCCACUGACCUAAUGGUAUGGCAGUCGGGGAUGUCACUUAUAUAAUGCUCAAAUGUUGAGAGAAAGUUGCACAACCCUUGCAGGACUGGUACCUUGGCCAUAAACUGUUUAUUACCAAUGAAAUAGAACCCUUCUUCUGUUGAUGUAAGGUACAAAAGUGUAUUUUCACAUCUUAAUAGUCUUACAAUUAGUUGAAUUUUGUACCUUGUGUGUAAGUGAUCUCUAUUGAAUAUUAUCAUGGCAGUGUCGUUUUAAGUAUAACUGUCUGUUGAUAGCCCAUUGCUUUGUUGAGCCAAUGGCUUCUACAAUCCCAAAUGAGCAUUAUGAAUUAACUCCAAAAAUUAAAUUAGGCUAUUAUGGAUGCAUAGUUUAUGUGUAUAAUUGUAAUCUUAUAAUCAAAAUUUAUGUGAUGGUUUGAUGUAAGAUAUGGAUAUUGCUAGAUAUAAAUGUAUACCAUAACUCGUAUUUUUUUUUUUUAAAUGUGGAAUUGUAAGCUCUAUGACAUAACAUAUGUAUAUCUCUCGCAAUAAAAAAAAAAGUCUAAAUUAAAAUAGAUCAGAUGCUUGCUUAAGUGAAUUAAUGUUAAAAAAAUUUCAUUGAUAAAUAAUUACCAUUUUAUUUUUAUUAUCAAAUAAGAUACCUUUCUGUCAUCUCUAUGUGUGGUAGGGUCACUGGUCAUCACAGAUUCUAAUGACGAGAGUAGUAUUAUAUAAAUGUGUUUAUGUAAAAGUAUUAUAUUUUAUUAAUUAAUUAACAUAUAAUCUCUUAUGAUUUAUGAUGAAUUAAUACAUUUGCUGGAUUCUUUAUUGACUUGGUUAUCUUUUAUACAGAUAGCCAGUGUUCUUGAGGAAGAGCUAGAAAUUUCCAAAUGUAACAUGGAAUAUACUUUCUAAUAGAUAUAAAGGUAUUCAAAAUCAAUUAUAUUUGAUGCUGCAUUUUGGUAACGCAUUUUUAAAAAGUUCUGGACAUAGUUUUUUUUUUUUCUUUGUAGAAAACUGUUAGGUUUAUUUUGCAUUAUCAAUAUGGCUAGCAAUAUACAAUUUACACUGCUAUGUUAACACUCAAUUUAAUUACUGAACCAUAGUGUAAUACGAUAAUUUUGGGAACAUGCACUGUAUUCGAGUCGGAUAUAUGGUGUGUAUAAUAAAAUUUGUUCUGUUCAAGUAUGGUAACAUGUAGUAUGGAAUACCAAAAUAGUCUUAAUAUCGAGAUGAUGUUUAGAUAUAAAUUGAUUUUGUAUAUGUAAAUGUGUGUACUCAUUGAUAUGAAUUAAUAUGAUUAUUAUAAAAAUUUACAUCAUUCCGUUUAUUCUUGUACUCUAUUAUUAGGCUGGCUGUAGAGUUCAAUGUCAAAUUAUAUUUCAUAUAUUGAAAGUUUUCAAUUUCCAGCAAGUAUAAGCCGCCGGUCUAAUAGUACACAGCAUUUUGUUUGAUUUGGUACUCAUUUUAAUUUAUGUAUAUUGUUCUUAUGAGCAUUUUAAAAUGUAAAUAGAUGAUAUAUUUUGCCCAGAAUUAA